CAGUGUCCGCUCUAUAUGCCGGAAGUCUGUGAAUCUCUAUGGUCCAAAAGGCUCCUUCGGUCGCUCAUCCGACGACUUCCGGCUGCUGCUCUCGCGGGAUUGGCUGUUGGCGGCGUUGCGGCUGAGCUCGUGUGCGGCGGUGGCGGUGGUGGUGUUGGCGGCGGCUGCAGCAAAGCGUUUGGCGCGAUGUCUCACACCAUUUUGCUGGUACAGCCUACCAAGAGGCCAGAAGGCAGAACUUACGCAGACUAUGAAUCUGUGAAUGAAUGCAUGGAAGGCGUUUGUAAAAUGUAUGAAGAACAUCUGAAGAGAAUGAAUCCCAACAGUCCCUCCAUCACGUAUGAUAUCAGUCAGUUGUUUGAUUUUAUCGAUGAUCUGGCAGAUCUCAGCUGUCUUGUUUACCGAGCUGAUACCCAGACAUACCAGCCUUACAACAAAGACUGGAUCAAAGAGAAGAUCUACGUGCUCCUGCGUCGGCAGGCCCAACAGGCUGGGAAAUAAUUGUGCUGGAAGCAUUAGGGGCUGGGGGUGGGCUUGGAACAGGUGUGUACAGCGUGCUGUAGUGAAAGUUUUGUAUUAUAGUAAUCCUGUUUCCAUUUUGUUACACUCUAGCCAAGAUUGAAUGUGUCACAGGAAACAUGGGGGGCCUUUUCAAUCUCAAACUCCAUUGCCCCUUUGUUCUUUUUCUUUCUCUUUCUCUCUUUUUUUACUUACACAUUUUUAUGAUGAUUCAGAUAGAAAUUGUUCUUUGUCAGUUAAAGUUGGUUCUGGUCCUUGAAACUGUUCAUAUCUGCUUUGUUACAUCAACAGUACUAACCCUUCAAGGUGGGGUGGGGGGUGGUGACUCAGUUUUGUUAUGUCCUCUGGGUAAAGUCUAAUGAAGAAUAAAUAAAUGUUCUUUAGUUAAAAAAAA